AUGCCCCCAGGAAGUCGCAAUGAAUGUUUUGUUCACGAUGCAAAAGUUAAUAGAUCAACAGAAGUAUUAGCACAAGUUAAAUUGAAGAUUGUGAAUGCGAAAGAUGAACAACUUGAAAUCGCAAGAUCUAUGAGAGUAACAGCAUUACAAAAGAAAAAGAGUAAAUUCCAAACACUUGAUUCAUUUUUAUCACUCAUAAAUGAGAAAGGAAAAACAAGGGAUAUCUCUUCUAGAUGUGCAGAUUUAGAUUCAAUGAUGUUUGAACAAUUAGGAGUUUCAAAAGCUAUAAUGAAUUCAGUAAUAUUUUGCCAUCAAGAGGAUUCUAGUUGGCCUCUGGAUGAAGGGAAGAAAGUAAAAGAGAGGUUUGAUGAAAUUUUUGAAGCAGACAAAUACAGUGACUGCUUUGACCGUUUAAGAAAAAUAAGGAAAGAAUAUGAACAGGAAAUAAAAAUUUUAGAGGAGAAAGUGGCCAACCUAACAGAUAAGAAGGAAAAUUUAGAUAAGAAAAAGUUAGAUGUUGUGAAUACCGAAACCCAGAUCUCAGAAGCAGAAAUAAAAGUAUCAGAAUUGGAACAUCAAAUAAAACCUUUAGCUGAAAAAAUUAAAGCUAUCGAAAUUCUGCAAAAGAAUUUGGUUGCAGUGGAAUCUAAGCGAGAAAAAAUUAAGACCAGAUUGGAACAUUUUAUAACACAAGAGCAAGAGUUGAAAAAUGCUGUUAAAAGUGUAUUUGAAGGAUCACAAGCAGAACUAGAAGAGAAUAUAAACAACUAUGCCACAACAGCAAAAGCCAAACAGAAGGACCUUGAUGAUUCUUAUAAGAAAAACUUCACAUUCAAUAAGGAGGAAGAAAAAAUUGCAAAUGAGAAAACGUCAAAUGAAGUUAAAUUUAAUAAACUUAUACUGUUGGAAAGUCAGAAUCAAGAAAAAAUUGAUAAAAAGAAUUUAAUGAUAGUAGAAACUGCAAAAUUGGCUGAAAUCCAUAUGGAAAAAAUUGAAACUGAUGAAGAAGCUGAUAAAGCAGAAAUGGCCAUUACAAAUAAAAUUAAAAGCUUACAAAAUGAUCUCAAUGGACAAAAAGCCCAGGCAGAUGCAGAAGAGGAUAAAUUGCAGGCAGAAGUUGAUAUUAGCCAUGAUAGAUUGUCCCGUCACGAACAAAAAAUUUCUAGCAAAGAGUCUGAAAUAAAAAAUAUAAAACAAGAGACCUCUAAAGUUGAAAAAGAAAUUGCUGAUACAACAAAAUCUAAAGUGCGGUUAGAAUUCUUAGAGAAAAAAAUGACCACAGCAGAGGAUGAUUAUCAAGAGGCCCUGAAUGAAUUGAAUCCUGAGGAGUGUCAAAAGUUGAUAAAUGAAGAUGAAACCACAAUGGAAAAGAGUGAACAAGAACUUGAAGAGAUUAAUGAAAAGAUAUCAAAACUGCAAAAGCAAAGUGCUAAGUUGAAGGAACGGGACAUGAUUGAAGAUUCUUUAAAACAAAAGGAAAAGCAAAUGAAUGUUCUUAAAAACAAACAUAGGACUACUCUUACAGAAUUGCUUGGUGUGAUGCCAGAAAAGAGUUUCUCGAUGACCGUGAACAAAAUAGAAUGCGAUCUACGUAGUGAAGUAGACUCUGUAAAGAAGAAAUUAAAGGAAAAACAUACCAAUCUAACAAGUUUGGAAACAGAACGGAAACAUGUUCGUGAGCUGUUGAAUGAACGUCGAACUGAACUUACUAAGGCAGAGGACCAAAUGUUUAAGGCAUGUGGUACACAGUCUUAUGAGGCCACAUUGUCUAAACUUAACAGCACAGUGGAAAAGUUGCAGGAAGAGCAAAAUAUGCUGCAAUCAUCAAUGUUCAUUUUCACAAAAUAUAAAAGUCAACUAAAAGACAAUAGUUGCUGCCCAUUAUGUAAUCGUGGGUUUGAUUCAGAUUCAGAGGUAACAGACUUAAUAUCGCAGCUGACUACACAAGUUAUGAAUGUUCCUGCUAAACAAGAAAAAGUAACGGAGGAAUUACAAAUUGCAUCUGCAAAAAAAGAUGAUUUGCUCAGUAUGAAAACAUUAAAUGAGAAAAUAAAAACAUUAAAAGAAAAGGAUAUACCCCAAUUAGAAAACAGAUUAAGUGACAUUGAUAAGCAAAUUGCAACACUGACUGAAGCUUCUGAAGAGUUAUCAAUGUCUAUGAUGGAACCAGAACAAAAAUUACAAAUUGCUCGGCAAAUUCAAAGUGACAUGCCACUUCUUGACAGAUAUACAAAUGAAGUACAAACAGCAUCUAAAGAUUUAGAAGCCAUAAGAGGGGAGUGCUCAAAUAUGGAGAUGGAUAACAACAUUGAUGAAGCAACGGCGAAAAAAAAUGAAUUGCGGCAACAAAUCUCCAUGUUAAGGUCCCGUAUAAAGUCUUCACAAACUAAACUUAACCAACACACAAAGAAAUUGCAAGCCAUGGGUGAAAAGAAAAACAAACUAAAGGAGGAAUUACUUAAUGUGCAGAAAAAAGUUCAGGAAUUGGUUACUUUACAAGAAAGCUUAAAGCAAUUGGAGACCAACAGGGAGAAGGCACUAACAGAAUUAAAGGAACUACAGGAUACUACAGCUCCUUUAGAAUUAGAGUUAAAAGAAAAGAAGAAAAUUAAAACUGAAUGUGUGAGAAAGAACAGAGGUGCUAUUGAUAUUAAAAAUGAAUACAUUAUGAAAAUCAAAAACAUGUUUGAUAAAGUGAAAUCUAUUGAAUUAGAGAUUAAGCAGCAUAAAGAGCGAAAUGUACAUUUGGAAAUGGAUAAAAUAAAAGAAGCUAAUGAACGGCUUAUGGAUAAACAGAAACAAAUUAUGGUAGAUAGAGAUAUGCUCACUAAAAAAAUUGACAGUUUAAAGGAUGAAUUGGCUAAACAAGAUAUUUACAAACGCAAUUUAGAGGAUAAUCUGAACUUGCGCAAGGCUCAAAAUGAAAUAGCUAACUGUGAAAAGGAAAUGGCUGCACUCAAUGAAAAAAUGAGCGGUGUAAAUAUGGAUAUGAUUGCAGAAAAAGAACCAUUAAUGUCCAAACAUGAUGAAGUAUUUAAAGAGAAGCUUCAAACUGAAGGUCUGCUAAGAGGUCAUAAAGAUAGAUUGAAGCAAUGUAAAGCAGAAUUAAGGAAAGCUAUGAGUGAGGGUAUAGAGAAACUGUACAGGGAAAAAUAUUAUGAUUUGCAUGUAAUUAAAGCUGUUGAAAAAGAUAUAAAAGAUUACUCUGUUGCCUUAGAAAAGUGCCUUAUGGAGUUUCACAAAGAAAAGAUGGAAAACAUUAAUUUAAUAAUAAGAGAAAUGUGGAGAAAGAUCUAUAGAGGAAAUGAUAUUGAUUAUAUUGAAAUAAAAACUGAAGGAAAUGCGUCAGUUGAUUCUGAUCGACGAAAGUAUGAUUACAGGGUAGUGCAGUGUAAGAAUGGUGUUGAGAUCGAUAUGCGCGGCCGUUGUAGCGCUGGGCAGAAAGUUUUAGCUUGUCUUAUUAUACGACUGGCACUCGCCGAGACCUUUAGCACACGGUUUGGAAUUUUAGCAUUAGAUGAACCAACAACUAACUUGGAUCAAGAAAAUGUUAAAAGUCUGUGUUCAGCUCUAGGUGAAAUAGUUCAAGAAAGAAUGGUGCAAAAAAAUUUUAUGUUUAUUAUUAUUACUCAUGACAAAGAAUUUAUUGAAUCACUGGGCAACAUUGAUAAAGUCUCACAUUAUUAUGAAGUGUCCAGAAAUGAAGAAGGAAAGUCCAGGAUUAAAAAAAUUAGGUUUUCC